GGGGUGGAAGGGAUCGAAAGGCUGCACGGUCGCGACGCGCGGCCGUUCGGUUGAUCGAGUCAGUGCGCGCGCGAGCGAUCUGGUGGCAACUGGCGAACGACUGGUCGAUCCGUCGAAGCGAUGGCGGCGCUCAAGCGAAUUACCAGCCUGACACGGGCACUCGCGACGAUGACGUCCACGUCGCGACCUUGCCUCCAGCAUGCGUCCAGGAAGACGUACUUCACGUACGUGAACGAGCCGUCGAUGCCAAUCGCCGGCAAGGAACCCUGUUGGCUGAAAACCGCCGACGAGGCUAUCGAACAGGCGGAACUCGACUCAGAUCAAGUAGUGUACAUCCAGGGUGCGGCGGCAACGCCCGUCGAGCUGUCGCGGGCUAUGACCGACUAUGGAGUACGCUGUGAUGUGAGAAACGUCCGCUUAUAUCACAUGCAUCUCGAGGGGCCAGCUCCAUUCGCUAAACCAGAGAACGCAAAACACUUCAGAUCGAUCAGCUUGUUCAUCGGUGGCAACGUGCGGCCUGCAGUGAACGCAGGCACCGCCGAUUGCAUUCCCAUCUUCCUACACGAGAUACCUCGCCUGUUUAAAGAAGGCUACGUAAAACCGCACAUUUCGCUCAUCCACGUGUCUCCGCCGGACGACAAGGGCUACUGUUCCCUCGGCACCAGCGUGGACUGCGCUCGGUCUGCCAUCAGUCAUUCCAAACGUAUCGUAGCCCUAGUCAAUAAGCACAUGCCCAGGACCUUCGGCGACGCUCUCAUCCACGUUAGCCAUCUGGACUUCGCCGUGGAGCACCAUCAGCCGUUACCGGUCCAUCCAGUGAAGGCACCGUCCAAGGCUGAGCAACAGAUCGGCAAGCACAUCGCCGAGAACCUGGUGGUGAACGGCGCCACGUUGCAGCUGGGCAUCGGCAGCAUACCUGACGCCGUGUUGUCGUUGUUGGGCGACCACAAGGAUCUGGGAAUUCACAGCGAGAUGUUCAGCGACGGCGUGGUGGACCUCGUGAACAAAGGCUGCAUCACGAACAACAAUAAGACAAUGCACAAGGGCCGGAUCGUUGGCUCAUUCUGCGUAGGCUCGGAGAAGCUGUACGACUUCAUGGACAACAAUCCCUUCAUAGAAAUGUUGGUGGUCGAUUACGUGAACGACCCUAAAAUAGUCUGCAAACAGCCAAAGAUGACGGCCAUCAACUCGUGCAUCGAGGUUGAUAUUACCGGUCAAAUCUGCUCGGACAGUAUCGGGACAAGGAUGUACUCCGGCUUUGGUGGGCAGCUGGACUUUAUCACGGGCGCGGCGAUGAGCGACGACCGGCAAGGCAAACCGAUCAUAGCGCUUCAAUCGGUUACCGCUAAGGGACGCAGCAAGAUACAGCCGGUCCUAACGAGUGGAGCCGGAGUAGUUACCAACAGAGCAGUAGCGCGGUACGUUGUAACCGAGCAAGGGAUCGCCAGCCUGUUCGGCAAGAGUCUUCAGCAACGCGCGUACGAAUUGAUUCAAGUGGCCCAUCCGGACCACAGAGAGGCACUCGAGAAGUCAGCGUUCGAACGCUUGAAGAUGAUGCCCGCGCCAUAAACCCAAGAACGUACAGGAAAUUCACAUUUAAUAGCAUUUUACACGGUAUCUCGCUCGUCCGCGUGUACAGUGCCGCGUACAGUGGACAAUCGUCAUCACGAAGUGUCUUCUUCUUGUACGAUAAUCUCGCGCUCUCUUGCCGGAUUAACGAGUCAUCGGCCUCCUCCUCCUAGAUUAAGAGAAAGAAAGAGAGACAGAAAAAGAGGAAGAGUAAAUAUGCACUAGAUCAGAAAAUUAACACGCUAAAUUUUAACAUUUAUGUAAAAGUCCGUAAUGUGGGACUGUGCUCGUUUCCAUAUAUAUAGAUGCUAAUGAAACUAGACAUGUGUUUUAUAUCGCGAGAAAAGAAACGUGUUCGCGCUUCAGACACGGUUAGACAAAUAAAACCGGCGCCCCUCUUUCAAUGCCAUUCCGACAGAGGUAAGCAGUUUUUAUAUUAAAUUUGCGAAUGUUCCUUUGUAUAAUUUCCCAUGUUACCAUGUAAUAAUGAAGUCGAGGUAUGAGUAUAUAUACAAAAAGAAAUAUACAAAGUGAGAACGCU